CGAACCUUCAUUUAAAAAACUGCCCCUGUCCCCCUCAAGCUUGUGUGAAAUGCAGCUUGCGCCGUCCUGGCUGUCCCGCGGGGCGCCCCGCGGUACCGGCGGCAGUCGCGCGGGCCUGCUGGCGCCCCGGCACCGCCUGCCUCUCCUGCCAGGCAGCCUGCGCCUCACCACAGCGCUAACCAGAGGCUUCAGAGAGAAUCGCGACGCAGGGCCAGGCGGGGGCGCUCAGCGCGAAGGCGGUGGCUCUGACGCAAGCACACCGGCGCCGCGGCAGCAGCAACAACAGCGGCAGAAGCAGCCACCACCGGCGCAGCAACACAGCCAGCAGCCGCCGCAGCAACAUUCUGCUGAUGUGCCCGAGCCGGCCGCAGCCGACGACAUCGUCACCGACUGCUUGCCAGCGCCGCCGUCCCAGCUUCCGCGAGAGCCGCAGCAGCCGCCGCAGCCACAGCCACAGGCGCAGCCGCAGGCGCAGCCACAGGCGCAGCAAAGGCGCAGCAAGCGGCGGGACAAGCGGGGUAAGGAGGCCAAGCUGCCGCGUGGGUCGGGCCCAGGCACCGUCCGCACCGGAGGCAGCAGCAGCGGCAGCGGCGGCAGCAACAGCGGGCCCGAAGGGCUGGAAGAAGAAGCUGCGGCGGCGGGCCAGCAGGGUUUGGAUGUGGGGGCUGGUGACGCACGAACGGCAGAGGCGGAGGGCGGAGGGCCAGAGGCGAUUGUGGCGUCGGCCGCCAUACCAGCGCCCCUGGGUGCGGUGGAGGCUGGCACCGAUGCUGAUGGCAGCAGCAGCGGCAGUAGCGGCAGCAGUAGCGGCAGUAGCGGCUUCCUCCAGGGCGCGGGUCCAGCUACUGCCGCCGCCGCCUCCGCUGCGGCUGCGGCGGCUGCGGCGCUGCGAGGGGCUCGGGAUGCGCCUGUUGCCAUUGCCGGUGUGGUGGUGCCGGCGGGUGUGCGCCAGCAGGUGCAGGAGCACGUGGAGGGGCUGCGGCAGGAGGGGCAGUGGCAGGAGGCGGAGCAGCAGCAGGGGGAGCAGCAGGAGGGGAAGCUGCAUGAGGAGGGGGAGCUGGAGCGGCUGCAGCAGGAGCAAGGGGGAGUCCAGCAAGCGCAGCAGCAACCAGAAGAGCUGCAGGCGCAGGCGGGCAGCAUGGGCGAGUCAAGGGCGGACGGGGCGGGGGAGGCAGAGCAGGUGGAGGCGGAGGAGGCGGAGGAGGCGGAGGAGGAGGCCGAGGUGGGGCGGGCGCAGUCGCAGAAGCCGCAGCCUGACAUUCCGCAGCUGAUCCAGCGGGACCAGCGGGAGCAGCGGGGCCAGCAGGAGGAAGAGGUGGAGCAGCAGGCGGCGGCAGCCGCAGGGGUGCGGCCCGCCGCCUCCCAGCCCACAGCCACAGCCACGGCGGCGGCGGCGUCAGGACUGAACGAGGUUGGCGACGUGGCCAAGCCGCUGGGUGGGCAGGGGCCACGCGGACCUGUGGCGGCACAAGCCGCCGCAGCCGCCGACGUGCAGCCGGGUGUGCAGCAGGAGCAACAGGAGGAGCAGGAACAGGAGGAGCAGGAGAGGAAGGAGCAGCAGGAGCAGGAGCAGGAGCAGGAGGAGGAGGCGAGGGAGGAGCAGGCGAGGGAGGGGCAGGCGCGGGCGCAGGCGAGGGAGGAGCAGGAGCAGGAGGAGCAGGCGAGCGAGGAGCUGGAGGCCUGGGCUGGGGCUGAGGCGACAGCGCCGCCGCACGAGCCCUAUGACCUGCUGCUCGGCAACAGCCCCGGGGCUGAGUCCGCCGCCGCCGCUGAGCCCAGUGUUGGGGUGGGAAGCCCCGGCACCACCAGUAGCAGCGGCAGUAGCAGUGGCAGCAGCAGUGGCAGUGGCAUCAGUGGCAGUAGCAGCUACAGCGGAGCUCACACCGGACUUGCUGAGGCGGUCCGACACGCCGCAGCCUCCAGCGCCUCCUCCGCCCCCGGCCCCGCUCCCGCCUCCCACUCACCCUCCGCCCAGCACGCCGACAGCCACGGCAGUGGCGAUGAUCAUGCCAGUCACGGAAGCAGCAGUGGAAUUAGCAGUGGCGGCGGUGGCGGCGGCGCCCAGGAGGCUGCCGCACGGCCGGCCUACGACCAGCUGCUGCCGAACACACCUUCCUCACCCGCCGGCAGUGGCUACCCACCCGAGCAGCAGCAAGGGCAGCAGUCACGAGGCCAGUCACACGCUCGGGUGCAGUCGGAGCAGCCGGAGCAGGCGCAGCAGCAGGAGCCGCAGGAGACGCAGGAGACGCAGGAGGAGCAGCAGGAGGAGCAGGGGCAGGCGCAAGAGCAGGCUCUGCCGCGGGCCCCUGCAGCCCAGGUGGGACCGCAGCAACAGCCGCCUCCGUCAGCGCCGCCGCAGCAGCAGGGGCAGCAGCAGGGGCAGCAGCAGCAGCAGCAGCAGCAGCAGCCUGAGGACUCGCCCGCCGCAGUGCAGCAGAGGGUGCCAGCGGAGGCCGAGGCGCCGCUGCAGCCGCAGCAGGUGCCGAUGCCGGCGCCCAGCGCUGCAGUGGCAGCGGGCGAGCAGCGGCACUGGCAGCAGGUGGAGGGGGAGGUGGAGGGGAAACGGGCUGGGAACGAGGCCCAGACCGAGGCAUCAGGGGUCCAGGCGGCGGGGGCCCAAAGGGCCCCGGACGUGCUUGCGGGUGCGGAGCAGCCUGAGGCUGUGUUGUCUCAGGUGGCAGCGCUGCCCCCUACUGGCGAGGUGGGUGAGGCGCCGGCACUGGUGGCGGUGGUGGUGCCGGCGGAGGUGCGGGAGGCGGCGCAGCAGCGGGCGGAGGCCGUGGCGGGGGCGGGAGUGGAAGUGGCGGAGCAGCCGCAGCUGCCACAACCUCAGGGGCAGGUCCCGGAGGGAACACUCCCCAGCGGUGCACAGCAGCAGCCGCUGGCGGGCGCGCCAGGCGCUGAGCAAGAGCGACAUCAGGCGCAGCAGCAGCCUCAGGCGCAACAGCAGCAGCCACAAGCGCAGGCGCAGCAGCAGGCUCAGGCGCAGCAGCAGCAGCCACAAGCGCAGCCUCAGGCGCAGCAGCCACAGGCGCAGCAGGAGGUCGGCGGGGACAGAGCCGGCCGCCAGUCGCAAGUGACCCUGCAGGGUGAGGAGCAGGAGCAGGCGCAGGCGCAGGGGCGGCUGCCGGAGCAGGGGCGGCCGCAGGAGCAGCAGCAGGGGCGGCUUCCGGCGCAGGAGCAGGCGCAGGAGCAGGGGCGGCCGCAGGAGCAGCCACACGAGCAGCCACACGAGCAGCAGGCGGCUGCGCUGCAGGGCACUGGGCGUCAAUCCCGGGCCACGCAACCUCAGGUGCCGGGUACAGGGGCAAGGGUCGAGGCGGUCAAGGAGAGUCUGGAGAAGGUGGAUGAGGGCGCGUCUCGCCGGCAGCAGCACCUGCAGCAGGAGCAGCUGCAACAGGAAAUCCCGCGGGAGCAGCUACAACAACAACAGCACCAGCACCAGCACCAGCACCAGCACCAGCAGCAGCCUCAGGCUGAGGAGCAGCAUGGGUCGGUGCUUCUGGCGCCGUUGCGCUUUGCGGGCUGGCUGGUGUCGGCUGUGCUGUGGGGGUUGGGCUGGGUGGUGGCGGGGCUGGGCAAGGCCACCUGGUGGACGGCCGCCUCCUCCGUCCGGGCCGUGCUGGCGGUGCCGCGAGCGGUGCUGGCGGCGGCGGCAGCGCUGGUGCGAGGGCUGGGCGAGGCUGCAGGCCGGGCGGUCCUACCCCACCACGAGGCGGGACCCCUGGACCGGACCACCACCGCCGUACAGCCCGUCGGCGGCGGCGCGCUGCCGUCGGGCGCCGCCGCCACCGGCGGCCACGGCUCCGCCCUAGCCGCCGCCGCCGGCGCCACGCCCACCCUGCCCGCCGCCGCCGGCCCGCUGGGUAUGGGGUACGGCGGCCUGGCGGCGGCAGGGAUGCCGUACGGCGCCGCCGGCAUGGGCACGAUGCCGUACGGCAUGUACAACAACAUAACGCCGUACUCGGCGGGCGGCCUAGGAAUGUACGGGGGCCUGGGCGGCGGGGCGGCUGCCGCCGCAGCCGCCGCCACCCCAGGCGCCAUUGGUGCGGCGCCGGUGAACGUGCCAGCCUCGCCGUACGGCGCAGCCGGUACGACACUUGGCGGCGUACCGCCAGGUGGCGUGGCCGGCGGCAAUUACGGCGGCGGCGGGUACGGCGGCGCUGGCGGCGGAGUGGGCCUGGGAGGCGGCGGCGGCGGCGGACAUGCGGCGCCGCCGGUGGCGGGCGGUGCGAAUGCGGUGGAGGUGCCUGAUGCCAUGACGGCGGCGGCUCCGGACGGCAGCGGCGCUCCGGGUGUGAUCGCCACGGCCUACGACGCGAUGGUGCUGGGCUGGGGCCAGACACACCACCCGGGGCUGGGCGGCGCGGGCCAGAUGGUGCGGGACCAGGAGAUCCUGGCUGACGGCUGGGGCGAGGAGGUGGCGGAGGCGGUGGAGGCGGUGGGCGGUGCGGCGCUGGGAGCAGGAGGCACAGCGCCCAUGGGCUCGGCCAUGGGCAUGGGCGGGCCGUACGGCGGCGGCGGCGCGGGGGGUCUGUACGGCAACUCGUACGGCAUGGUGACGCCCAUAACCACCAGCCCCAGCGCGGGUACGGUGCUGGGGGCGGCGGUGGGCGCGCUGGUGGGCGGCGCGGCCUCGGGUCCCUUCGGCGGCCCCCUGGGGGCGGCCCUGGGCGCGGCGGUGGGCGCGGCGGCGGGCGGCCAGGUCACAGGGGACGUGUCUGUGCGGCCCAUGCAGGUGUUCACGGGCCCAGGCGGGGAGGGCGUCGCCAUUGCGCCGCAGCCGCAGGUGGUGGUUGCCAACGACUCGCUCAACCUCCUGGGUGCCGUGGUCGGCGGUCUGGUCGGCAGCACGUCUGGUCUGGGCCCACGGGCCGUACUGGCGGGCGCCGCCGUCGGCGCCGCACUGGCCAUGCUGAUGGCAGUCACGGGCCGGCGGUACACGUACGUCAGCCGGUACGGCGCGCGUACGGCAGGCGACGCACGGCGGGCGGCGCGGCUGUUCGGCUGGCUGCCUGGCGGCGGGCUGCGGCUUCCUGGCGCGGGACUGCUGCCGCCGUUCCGGUUCUAGACUUCUAGUACGGUGUGCGAUGGGACAGUGUUUAGGCAGGUUGGCGGGGGCCUGUAGGGUGCAGCUGACGCCCAGAACCCAGCAGAUGGCAAACAAUUUGCAACGGCAGGGCAUUAAUGCGCGCCUGCGCGGCUGCGCGGCUGGUCGAACAGUCGAGUUAGUUGCUGGCUGGCUGGAGGUUUGCUGAUGCGCAUUCCUCACGCUCCGGGCGCCCGUCGGUAGUUGUACGGUACAUGGUCCUCCGUGCGGUGGUGUAGACAGUCAGAGAGAGAAGUGUUCGAGCGGACGCAACUGUGUUGUGAAGUUGAGCAGUGGUCUGGACUGCGGACUGACUGUCUGACUCUGGAGGAGUGGAGGGGCAGAGAAAAGGUGCCCCGACGCUUCCAGGCUCCAGGUCAGAGCGGCUCUUCUGCUGGAGUAUCGGAAGUUAGCAGUGGUCUGGAGCAGCAGGAGGUUGGAGAGUACCGUAGCGGCGGCGCAUUUGGCUGCCUUGUAGCGCAAGGAUGUUUCCGAGCAUGCGUGCAUUUGCCUGUGUGUUGGGCCCAACUCCGCACGCCGUUGAUUGACGCAGUUCGCACUCCUAUGUUUAGUGCUGGGGGAUUCAGGGCAGCCUGGUGCGGACGUGCAGCGGUGCGCGGCUAGGCGAUUGCUCGACAUUGACAGGUGUUUUAAACUGCAUCCGCACGA